AUGGACUCGAUCUCGGCCCCAAGGACAAUUCUGACGAUUCUCGGAGUGGCGGCGAACAUUUUCUUGCUUUUCGUCUUGCUCACCGAACGGCGAAUCCGAAGCAAAUACGCGAAUUUCCUCACGAUCAUCGCUGCGUACAAUAUUUUCUUCACACUCACCAUACACGGAAUCGUGAAAAACUCGGUCCAUUCAGCGGCGACAAAGAACGUGCACAUGCAACUCAUUCAAAUACUCAUCACUCAGCUUCUUUCAACUCUUUUCACCGAGGUUCUCCCAUUCACUCUGUGUACAGUUGGCGGGUUUAUAGGACUUGAAGCCUUUACCCCAUACACGAUUGCCGUCACUUCCGCAUAUCCAACUCUCGACGUUUUCAUCAUUUUGAUACUUGUUAAGGCUUUCCGCAAAAGAACUAGCGAUAUUUUACGAAAAUUAAGCCGAAAAGGGAUACGG